CCAGAGUUUUUCUCAUGAAGCUCUCAGAUGGCAGGUCUACGCUCUUCUGGCCCUGCAGGAGGGCGUUGAAGGGCGACAUAUGUGCGCGUGUCCCCGGGCAGACGAAUCCCUCCGCCGCGGAGGAGCCGGCCAGACCCGGCGGGGAGAGGGCUCUGGUGUCCGACUUCAAACGGAGGAAGUUGGAGAAAGAGGCGCAGAAAAACUGGGACUUGUUUUACAAAAGAAACACCACGAACUUCUUCAAGGACCGACACUGGACCACCAGAGAGUUUGAAGAGCUCAAGGCGUGCAGAGAGUUUGAGUCCCAGAGGCUGGUGCUGCUGGAGGCCGGCUGCGGUGUGGGGAACUGCAUCUUCCCUCUGCUGGAGGAGGACCUCAACAUGUUUGUUUACGCCUGUGACUUCUCACCACGAGCUGUCGAAUUUGUCAAACAAAAUCCUUUGUACUGCCCCGAGCGCUGCUGUGCCUUCCAGUGUGACUUAACUAAAGACGACAUGAGGGAAAAUGUCCCCGAGGGCAGCGUGGACGUCGUCACCCUCAUCUUCGUCCUGUCGGCCAUCCACCCUGACAAGAUGAAGCCGGCUCUGCAGAACAUCAGCAGGGUGCUGAAGCCGGGCGGCAUCGUCCUGUUCAGGGACUACGGCCUGCACGACCACGCCAUGCUCCGGUUCAAAGCCAGCAGCAAGCUGGGGGACAACUUCUACGUCCGCCAAGACGGAACCAGGGCCUACUUCUUCUCUAAAGAGUUCCUGGCUGAGCUGUUUGCGGACACGGGCCUCCAAUCUGUUUCUAACGACUACGUCCUGAGAGAGACGGUCAACAAAAAGGAAGGGCUUUGUGUUCCCAGAGUGUUCCUGCAGAGCAAGUUCACCAAGCCCGGCCAAUCGCAGCGCUCCUGAUGCCACUUGGCCUGUAUCUAUUACCUCAUGAAUCAUGCGAGACCCUGAAAUGUCCAGUUGAAAUUGGAUGGCAAAAGGAAAAAUAAUAUUCCUCGGGGGAAUCGGUAGCCCUAACGUCGCCUGGUUUCCUACACGCUGUUGUUUUGGAAUCCUUAAGACCACGAGGGAGAUGCAAGGGGUUCAGAGACAUUAAUAAUGCCUGAUCCCACUUGAUCAGCUGAUGCACUUUUGCUCCUUCGCCAACAGAUAAAGACUGCUGCACUGGGACUCUUACAGGUGGAAAUAUGUCAAACUAUGUGGAAGAUUGAAACACAAAAUGCUACAAGGAGCAGGACUGAUCAUCAAGGACCAAAGCUGGAUCAGUAGGGGAUCCCAGUGGAUGGUAUUUGCUGUUUCACAUCAAUUUAAUUUACAAUUCAUGGCCCUUAACUAACUUUGAUCAGCCUUUAGCAUGACCAGGAGAAGUUCUCUGUAAGCCCAACAGGUAUUUUGAUUGCUUCCAAUAUCCUUUUCCCCACCCCUUAUCCCCCCCCCUGUGGUUAAGUUAAUGGAAUAACUUUGAAUGAGGUGAGUACUUUUAAUUUUGUGUUAUUUCAUUUUAAAACUUGCAAAGAAAAGUGUUCACCUGCAUUUGUGUCAUGUCACACUUUGUCUAAAUAUGCUCAUAGUGUAACAUCCUGACUGUAGGCCAUUAAA